UUAUUACAUGUACAUACAUGUAAUGUAUUUAUUAUUUGUAAAAUAUAUCUCUUACAAUCAUACUAUACAAUAAACAUGCCUAAGUUUCAGGCCUAUGAUUUAAAAAGAUUUACAUAAUCAUCAUUGUAUUUCUGCAAUACACAGUUCCAUUUGAAAUGAACUGCGCACUACGAGGAAUGCAAAGACUUCAAGACGAGGUUAAUCAGAAGUUAGCCCAAAUCGCACCCGGAUUCCAGAAUCGACCAAUCACCACAAAAACCAACAAAACCAAACAGAAGAAAGAGAAGAAGAUCCCCAAAGACAAAGACAUUAAGCACAAAACCAAAAAAGGUAAAAAAAAUUCACAUAGGUCUAGUAAGAAUUAUUUUUCCUCAAGUGAAUCCUCAGCAUCUUUAAGUUCAACCUCAGAUUCAAGCUCCGAGUCUUUGUCAAGUGAAUCAGAUUAUGAUACUGAGUCUGAAUCAAAUUCCUCUGAAUCAAAAUAUUCAAAAAAAUCAAGAAAGACCAAACAUAGAUCAAGCAAAAAAAAAUCAGGAAUAAAUCAAACCCAUUCAAAGUCUUGUAAAAAUCCUCAAAAAUAUCCUCAUAUAGGCCUCAAAUAUGAAUUUGCAAGAAUGAAUGUCAAAUACAAAGACCUAGACAUAAAUCU